CUUCAUUUGAGUGUCUUUGAGACUUGGCAACUUGGCGCGAUGACUGACAUUUGGCAAGGUUACGAAGAUGUUUGACGUUUAAGGAGGCGUAAUCGAGUAAAUCUCAAAAUCUAAUGGAUUUGCAACGAGAAAGUGAGCAAAUGUACCCAUUUCAAUGGCUAUAUUUGAGCAACAGACAGUCAAGAAAGUUGUACUAGACGAUACAGAGCCUCUCAGCUGUGUUAUCGAGAACUGGAGAAACGUCAAUGGACAUACAGAAUUUGUUAUAAAAGUGCAAAGGGGGCCCUUUUCAGACAAGACCUGGCGUGUGUAUAAGCGAUACAAUGAUUUCUACAAGUUGCACGCUUACUUGCAAACCUCGGGGAUUUCCCUCCAGUUGCCCCCCAAGAAGCUCAUUGGGAAUAUGGACCCGGAAUUUAUCACCGAGCGGCAACAAGGAUUACAGAAAUAUUUAAACAGCGUACUGAUGAAUCCAAUUCUAGUCUCAUCCCUCCCAGCAAGAUCUUUCGUAGAUCCUGCCAACUAUUGUCAACCUUUUGGCGAAUUGGCCUUGCAGCACGUUUCACUGGCGUUGCGUGGGGAGGUGGGUUGGGAAGUUGUGGGGCCGUUGGAGGAAAUGGGCUGGAGACUCAGAAAACACUACUACCAUAUAAAAUGUAAAUCUCAACCGAAGGACGAUUUAAUAGGGGGCUGGACCGACUACGGUCCUGAUAAACACCUCGAUGACAAGGACAUGCAUGCGUUAUUUAAAAGUUUGAAUCAGAUUCAGCACCCUUUCAUACAUUCCAUUGAACUGUGCCUAUGCACUGAUACUGGGGGCCUUGUUGUGAGGACCAACCACAAGAACGGUUCUCUGAGAGAUUUGCUAUGCGGGGCUAAACCGAGACAGUCGUUUUUAAAAAAGUACGGCAAUCCGAAAGGACACAAACCUCUGGAAGUUAGUCAAGUGGCGCUCUAUGGCAGGCAGAUUCUAGAAGCGCUCAAGUUUUUAAUGGAUAAAGGACUACCAUAUGGACAUUUGCACACAGGAAAUGUGAUUAUAGAAAACGAUAGAGUCAAACUAUUGGACAUAGAAAACGGUGUUUUGGGGGUUCCUUCCUUUUACCGCCCUUAUUUUAUGCAACACCGCAAAAUAAAUACUCUGCAAGCGAUUGAUGUCUAUUGCUUUGGGCACACGUUGUAUGAGAUGACUUUUGGGGCCCCACUUCACGAAAGUGUGGCCGAUAACAUUCCGUCAUGCCCCUCGCUUUUGAAAUCCGUAUUAGAAUCGAUUUUAUCCUCAGAGGCGUGCAAAUCAGGACUGCCCACAAUCGAAUCUCUCCUUAAUCAUAGAUUUUUUUCGUCAGUUGCGAUAACGCUACUGCCGGACGAUAAGGCGCAUUUAAAAAUACCAAACUCGACGAAGGAACACUUGAAACUGGCGGUCGCCCAAAUGGAGGAACGAUUAAAGGAAGAACAGAAGAUGGUCAGGAGUCAGAAGCGACUAGUUAAAGUGCAGGAAAUGAUGAGUUCUGAGGAAGAAAAGAAGAAGCAGAGACACAAGUUGAAGCAAGAGCAGCGACAGCUUGCUAGAGAACAGAUGAGGCAAAAGAGCAAAUCGGAGAAAGAUGAUGUUGAUAGACCUGAUAGUGUGAACAGCAGUACAGCGACUUCCAUCGGGACGGCAACGCCGCCCUCGAUGACCGGCUCUAGUGUUCCGUCGCCCCCACCGCCGCCGCCGCCCCCGGCACCGCCGUCGAUGUCUAACGGGAACGGGGCGCCCCCUCUUCCAGAACUUACAAAGGAUCGGUCUGCUCUAUUGGGCGCAAUUUGUAGCUUUAAUAAAACGUCGUUGCGUAAGACCAAAGUUAACUAAAGUUGUCUCCAAUAUGUUCGAAUUAAUUGAUGUUUUAUAAUGUGAUACGUAAGCUGUUUGUUAUUUUUUAGGGAAGUCAGGUAAACUUAGUUUGUUGGAGUAAUUAGGUCAAGAAAGUUGAAUGUAUUUAUUUUUCCAAAUGCACCAAUAUUAUUCAUAGAUAAAAAGGGUCCACACACUGUAUAAAAUAGCAUAGUUUUGUGUUUCUCCAUGUUAUGUAUGUGCCUUCCCUAAAUUAUUUUUGUGUUUCGUUGAAAGAGGAACUGAUUGUGCCAAGGUAAUUUGUAUGACUUCGUGUAAAUGAUGGCAUUUAAUCCAUUAGCCCGAUAAUUAUGUAAUUGUUAACUAGUCAAGUGUUCUUGAGUUGAAUGUACAGGUUAAGAGGAAUUUGCCCCUUUCUAUAACUACUCAAUGUAACAUAAUAGGUAAUAAACGAUAGGAUUACGA